AUGGGCACGGGCGGCCCCCGGCGAGGCGAGGGCCCCCCCGACGGCGGCUGGGGCUGGGCGGUGCUGGGCGCCUGCUUCGUGGUCACCGGCUUCGCCUACGGCUUCCCCAAGGCCGUGAGCGUCUUCUUCCGCGCGCUCAUGCGCGACUUCGGCGCGGGCUACAGCGACGCGGCCUGGGUGUCCUCCAUCAUGCUCGCCAUGCUCUACGGCACCGGCCCGGUGUCCAGCGUCCUCGUGGCCCGUUUCGGCUGCCGCCCGGUGAUGCUGGUGGGCGGGCUGCUGGCCUCGGCGGGCAUGGUCCUGGCUUCCUUCGCCCGGCGCCUCCUGGAGCUCUACCUGACGGCGGGGGUGCUCACAGGUGAGGGCCGUGGGGGGACUGGGAGUCCUGCUGCAAGAGCCCCUGUCCUCCGUUUCCCCGCGAGGAGCUGUCCCCCGAGCGCCGCGCCCGCCGGCCCGGCCCGCCGCCGCCUGCUGGACGUGGCCGUGUGCGCCGACCGCGCCUUCGCCGUGUACGCCGUCACCAAGUUCCUGAUGGCGCUGGGGCUCUUCGUGCCCGCCAUCCUGCUGGUGAACUACGCCAAGGACGCGGGCGUGCCCGACGCGGACGCCGCCUUCCUGCUCUCCAUCGUGGGCUUCGUGGACAUCGUGGCGCGGCCGGCGUGCGGGGCCCUGGCCGGCCUGGCGCGCCUGCGGCCGCACGUGGCCGACCUGUUCAGCCUGGCCCUGCUGGCCAACGGGCUCACCGACCUGAGCAGCGCGCGCGCGCGCUCCUACGGCGCCCUGGUCGCCUUCUGCGUGGCGUUCGGCCUCUCCUACGGCAUGGUGGGGGCGCUGCAGUUCGAGGUGCUCAUGGCGGCCGUGGGCGCGCCCCGCUUCCCCAGCGCGCUGGGCCUGGUGCUGCUCAUCGAGGCCGUGGCUGUCCUCAUCGGACCGCCUUCUGCGGGCCACCUGGUGGACGCGCUGAAGAGCUACGAGGUCAUCUUCUACCUGGCGGGCUCCGAGGUGGUCCUGGCCGGGCUCUUCAUGGCUGUGGCCACCAACUGCUGCCUGCGCCGCGCUCAGGACGCCCCGCCCCGCCCCGGCACCGAGGGCGGGGCCAGCGACUCGGAGGACGCUGAGGCCGAAGGGGACUCCGAGCCCCUGCCCACCCCGGAGCCCGGUGUCCCUGAGGCUCUGGAGUUGCUCAGCCCUGGGGCUGGGCCCUCAGAACCCGAGGUGGAGGCAGAACCAGAGCCAGAGCCAGGGCUGGACCCGGAGUCUGUGUAGCGCAGAGGCGUGGGGUGGAGAGCUAGUGACUGCAGACACAGGGCUUCCCUGGCCGAGAGAGGCUGCUCAGGGUGGUCACCCUGGGGAUCAGGUGCAAGCUUCCUCCCUGUCUGCCCCGC